AUGUCGGACGCUGGCGAUAGCACCCAUAAGCGGUCAAAGUCGGCCGCUGCCCUCUCACUCCUACGACGAAACCACUCUCGCAGCGAAGAAGAUCCAUCCACCACGGAUGACGGUGCGCCGCUGACGUCGCCACCUUCUACAGCGGCUUCCGCGACAAACAUAUCCAUGGCUCAAAACGUCCCCCGCGGCAACGGGGCCAACAGGCUCUCCAUCUCCCCUUCCAUGGGCCGAACCCCUUCCCACAACAGCCCCCCCUCCGCAACCGCAUCUACAUCCGCAUCCAAGAUGAGCGUCGCAGGUAGCGAAAAGGGCGUCUCCCUCGAGCAAUCUGUCCGCAAGUUCCGCAUCGUCGAGGCCCUGCGAAGCGGCGACACUGCCUCCAUUUCCAAGGCCAUCAGGGAUACCGCCGAGGGCGGGCCCCGCACGAGCAUCUCCUCCAUCAAUACCCUCAGCGGCACCGGCCUCGACGACACCACCGUGCUUCACCUUGCGAUCCAAUGCGCCGAAUACCCCGUUGUCGAGUACGUCCUGUCUGACGGCGCUGGGACCAUCGAUAUCAACGCUAGAGACAAGGAUGGAAAUACCCCGCUGCACGUAGCUGCCGUCCAGGGCCGAACCCAGGUUGUCAAGCUCUUGCUGGACCAGAAGGAGAUCAACGAUGCCAUCGCCAACUACCAGGGCCGAUUGCCCAUCGACGUCGCUCGAAACCCCGAUAUUUUCCAGCUUCUCCAGCUGUCGCGAUCCAUCUUUGCCGAGAACAAGGUUAGACAGAUCCAGGGUCUGAUUGCGCAGAACGAUUACAAGGCUCUCGAGACUGUAUUGGAGGAGUCACGCCUCAAGCAGAUUCUCGACAUCAACAGCACAGAAUUCGUUACCGAACCAACAACCCUCCAGGCCGGCGGAAACCUUCUCCACGAGGCCGCCCGCAAGAAGAAUACCCAACUCAUCCAGGUCCUCCUGCUCCACGGAGCCGAUCCCUUCCGUCGGGACCGCAAGGGCAAGCUUCCGCAGGAUGUGACAAAGGACGAUACCACACGCGCCAUGCUCAAGCGAUCCCCCGCUGCCGUUGCGGCUCAGAGAGGUAUCCAGGAGAAAGCCGUUCUCGGCCAGGCGGCUUCACAGGGCGCUGGAGCCGCGGCCUCUGCCGAUCCUGUGGCCGGAAAGGAGGCGCGAGAGAUGAAGGGCUACCUGAAGAAGUGGACCAACUACCGCAAGGGAUACCAGCUUCGAUGGUUCGUUCUCGAGGACGGCGUUCUGAGCUACUACAAGCACCAGGACGAUGCCGGCUCCGCUUGCCGUGGCGCCAUCAACACGCGCAUCGCCAAGCUGCAUAUGAGCGCCGACGAGAAGACCAAAUUCGAGAUUAUCGGCAAGUCUUCAGUCAAGUACACCCUCAAGGCCAACCACGAGGUCGAGGCGAAGCGUUGGUUCUGGGCCCUUAACAACUCCAUUCAGUGGACAAAGGACCAGGCAAAGGAGGAAGAGCGCCAGCGCGCUCGCGGCGCCGAGCUGCUGAGGCAGGCAAAGGCAGAGCAGUCUGGAAAGUCGCCAGAGCUGUCCAUCAACGAGGCUCAGAGCGAGAGCGCCAGCGUGGCCGAUGGAAGAAGCAGUGUGCAGAUCCCCAGGACUAUGUCGCACAGCAAGAUGUCCGUCCCCAGAAGCGACUUUGCUGGCGCAAGCACCGUCGCUAGCAACGAUGACGACUUUGCCGAUGCCGCGACAGAUGCGGGUCAAUCUCGCGUAACAAGAGGGCACCAUGGACCAGACGAUGACGAUGACGAUGACGACUUUGAGGAUGUCAGUAGUCGUGAAGAGCCCUCUGUCAGCAAGGACGCCUUCAGCAUCACAGCUCAGUCGGCCAAGCUACAGCUCGAUACCAUUUCAGCUGUCAAUGCUGCGAUGCUCUCCGAGGCCUCUAAGAACCCGAAUACGAUUGUUUCCGACACCAAGGUCACUCAGGCUCUCACAACCUACGAUGCUGCUGUCAGGAGUCUGACGGGACUUAUCGGAGACCUGAUGCGGAUUUCAAAGGAUCGCGAUGCCUACUGGCAGUACCGGCUGGACCGCGAAAUCGACAUGCGCCGCAUGUGGGAGGAGAGCAUGGCCAAGGUUGCCAAGGAGCAGGAGAUCCUGGAGGAGCGUGUCGACCAGGCUGAGCAGAAGCGCAAAGCCGCCAAGCGUGCGCUCCGCGAAGUUAUGAACGAGCAGCCAACGGCCACUAGCCAGGACCUCGAGGGUGACAGAAAGGUGGAUGGUACUGCGACCGUUGAGGCCGCCAUCGGUGCCGAUGACGCGAAUAUCGCAGCCCCGCCAGCGGCGCCCGAGAGGACCUUGACAAGGAAGAAGACGGUCCUUGAUUCGCUUGAGCUAUCUGACUCUGAGUCGGAUGACGAGGAUGAGUUCUUUGAUGCAGUUGAUGCUGGAGAGGUUGAGGUCAGCCACUUGCCGCAUGCCGAUGCGGUGCCUACUCCUCACGAGGAGAAGGAGGAACAGCAACUUGUUGUUUCUGGUGGCACAGAUCUCAGCAGCUCCUUCAAGGGUUACGAGAAUGGCAUCAGAAGUCGUCUCAAGAUGGAUGCUGAUGAUCGGCCCAAGAUCUCACUUUGGGGCAUUCUCAAGUCCAUGAUUGGCAAGGAUAUGACCAAGAUGACUUUGCCUGUGUCAUUCAACGAGCCUACCUCUCUGUUAUACCGCGCUGGUGAGGACAUGGAAUACGUCGACCUUCUGGACCAAGCUGUGGAGAGAUCUGACUCGAUUGAACGUCUCAUCUAUGUGGCUGCCUUUGCUGCUAGUGAAUACGCUUCCACUGUCGGUCGUGUGGCGAAACCCUUCAACCCGCUUCUUGGAGAGACUUUUGAAUACGUCCGGCCGGACAAGAACUACCGCUUCUUUAUUGAGCAGGUUUCUCACCAUCCUCCAGUGGGUGCCGCCUGGGCUGAAUCACCCCACUGGACCUACUGGGGUGAAUCGGCCGUCAAGACAAAGUUCUACGGCAAGUCCUUUGACGCCAACCCUCUUGGAACGUGGUUCUUGAAGCUUCGACCCAAGUCUGGAGGCAAAGAAGACCUUUACACCUGGAGAAAGGUCACCACAUCCGUCAUUGGCAUCAUCACUGGCAACCCUACUGUUGACAACUAUGGACCCAUGGAGGUCAAGAACUGGACAACUGGCGAGGUGUGCCAGAUCGAGUUCCAGCCGCGUGGCUGGAAGGCGUCUAGCGCAUACAAGAUUUCCGGCAAGGUCCUCGACUCUGAUGGAAGAGUCCGAUACAGCAUGGGCGGUCGAUGGAACUCGAAGCUUUACGCUCGUCUCACGCCUGGAUACGAAGCUACGGUCGAGGAUCCUGGUGACUCGGCUUCGCUCCACAAGGGCAGCAUCACCGACCCUAACAAAGCUUUCCUCAUCUGGCAGGCCAACCCCCGCCCGCCCGGCAUUCCCUUCAACCUCACCCCCUUCGUGCUCACCUUCAACCACAUCGACGACAAGCUCAAGCCUUGGCUGCCGCCCACGGACUCUCGCCUUCGUCCCGAUCAGCGCGCCAUGGAGGAUGGAGAGUACGACUUUGCUGCAGAGGAGAAGAACCGUCUGGAGGAGGCGCAGCGCGCGAGAAGAAAGCAGCGCGAGGAGAAGGGCAUCGAAUUCCGGCCCGCGUGGUUCGAGAAGACGACGUGCGAGAUUACGGGUGAGGAGUACUGGAAGUUCAACGGCAAGUACUGGCAGCAGAGAGAGAAGGCCGGUCCCGAAGGGAACCCGCAGCAGGCCUGGGAGGGUCUGGAGCCCAUCUACGAGGACGCGAAAUAG